CAUGGACGGUCCAGACUCGCAGCGGCUGCAGGGGUCAUUCUUUCCAGUCUUUCAAUUUCCUUCUCUGAAGAGGGAAAGCUUGGAAACUUGAAAGUAGGAAACACCUCCUUCCCUCUGCUUCGCCAACGCGGAGCGCUUAGUACUGCAAUCUGGGGGCGUUUGACUCUCGUUUGGUAGGACGCCAUGAUGACCUCUGCAAUGUCUGCCCUGACUCACACCGGUACGCAUCCUGUUUGCUCUUUUCUGAAUGCAUGCAGCAGUAAAGAGGGUAUGCAAAGCAUGCAGCCGUGCUCCAGCCUCUUCUUGAGGAGUAGAGGGGUCGUUCAGAAGGUCGUCAGAACACAGCGCCCUGUCUCCGCUGCAUCGGCGUCCCCUGCUGCUCCUCUGGUUGGAAGGAGAACGGGGAGUUGGUUGCAGCUGGCUUCAGCGACAGCGCUUGUGGAAGAGCUCAGGGGGGAACAGUCAGGCAGGGCAGGUGAGCCCCCUGCAGGCCCCAUUCUUGGCAUUGGCCCCAUCCCCACUGAGUUUCCUCAACCUGAUGUGCAACCAUUCCCCAACCCGGAGCCAAGUGUGCCUGGUGCACCAGAAGUUAGUCCCAGCACGCCCCCAAACCCUGCCCCCAGCACACCUCCGGAAGUGCCCCCUCUGAUUAGCCCUCCUGAGCCGGACACAACAGAGGUGCCUGGACAGCCCAGUGGUCCGGAGGUUCCUAGCACACCAGUGCCAGAAAUACUGCCUGAUCCAGGCCGUGGACCGGAGACGCCUGUCAUCUCGCCUCCUGACUUUCCGGAGAGACCCUCAGGGCCGGAGGUUCCCAUCCCCACGCGCAGGCAGCCAGACACUCCCACCACCACUCCUCCUGAGUUCCCGGGAGGGCUUCCUGGAAUUGAGGUCCCCGGCCCGACCAUCCCUGGCCCCAGCCCAUCCCCUGGAACUUCACCUGGCCCCAUCAUUGGAGGCCUAGGUAUUUCAGCAAUCGUCACCCCACCCCAGCCUGUCCCUCCGGUUGGGCCGGGCACAGGGUCCCCUCCUCCAUUUCCCGGAAACCCCGGCAAUCCGACCCCUCCCCCUCAGACCCCUCCCCAAACUCCCCCCCCGCAAGCACCGCCGGAUUCUGGUCCAGUCAUAUCACCUGCAGAUGCUCAAUUCAAGGAACAUACGUCCUGGUCGCCAUUCAAUCGCAAGCAUCUGGAGCCCGUGGAUGAGAAUCAAGGAGGAAGACCAUCACAGUUUGUCAGCGACGCUGCUUGGGCGAGUGAAAACCACGACGAAGAGGGAGCAACAUUCCAAACGGAAGAUGACGCAUUUAGGAGGAAGGAAAAGGCGGCGAAAGGCCGUAGAGAUCCCUCAAAAAAGCGCAAGCGCGCUACAGGCGAUCGUGCUGUCUCGGAUUCCGAAGUCGGAGAAAAUGGUCGGACACGAAGCAAAUCAAAGAAGAUGCGAAAUGAAGACGUCAAGAAAACUGCCUUCAAAGGCGGUGGCAAGGUGCUUUCCAGGAUGGAAGCUUUGGCGAGCAUCGAAUCUGGGACCUGGAGAAGACGGUGUGAGGAACAGCAGCUUGAGCUCGUCAAGAAAGAGGACCCUAGGAAAGCGGAACGGAUGCUUGCAAACCGACGAAGCUUGUACAAGAAAAGUCUGGAGGAGAUUGAGAGGCUGAAGCUGGAGAAGCGCAGUAAGUCCGGUGCACGAGGUAGCAAAAAGAAUGACGUACAAGCGCUAGAAGAAGCGCUUGCGGCAAAGAAUGUCCAGCUCGAAAGAAAAGACCAAGAGCUGAGAUCGAAAGAGCGGAGGCUCGAAAAGAUGGAAGAAGAACGACAAAACAGGGAAGAUGAACUCCAGAGGAAAAGUGAGGAGCAGCAAAGCAAAGACCGUCUCAUAGAGUGCUUCCACGCCGUACUGAUGCAACAACAGCUGGCGGCUUCGAGUUACGUGCAUUCCAUGACCGGCGCUCCCUUUGGUCCUGCGCACCAGAUGGCGCUACCGCCGUCCAUGCUGACCCUGCCAGGCGGCUCCGGCGGCGGGCUCAUGCCGAUUGCUAUCCCUCCGACACCGGCCGAGUUUCCCUUGAUCAUCACAGACCCAGGCCCCGGUCUCAUUUACGCCACAGCCGGCCCCGCAGCUGGUUUCGGUCAGGUAGAGGGUUCACAGAAUGCCAGGGGCCAAUCGCUAGAUCCGCUUGUCCCGACCUUGAGAGCUGUGGAUAGCGAAGAAAAUGAUGCUGGAUCAUAA